GAUAUUCAUAAACUCUGUAAUACCACUUAAUUAUAAUCCAUUUUCAACUGGGUAUGAGUGAUCAGGUUACCCCAGCAAAGGCCUCAGAGCAGGCAGCCUCCAGGGCGGCGCUCAUGAAACUCCUCUUUUUCGCUGCAACACUCGCCAUCCUACCAAUCUCGUCAUACUUCCUCACAGAAAAAUAUGUUUGGUCUGGCAAUUCCAAUUAUGCUGCAAUCACCGCCAUAUGUGCAGCCAAUGUAGUCCUCAUCGCUUACAUCGUCGUUUCUUUGAUGGAAGACAAGCAAUCGUUCAAGGAAGCGGAGGAGAAGAAACUAUCAGAAACCAAGAAGGAGCGAUAAAACCCAAAGUUACGGUAAUACUCAAAGUUACGGUAAUACUCAGGCUGUCGUUUGUCGUCUAGGCACUUUCAAUGCAUGCAUUCUUUCUGUUCAUUUCCGCUUUGUGCAAAGGGGUUCGGUCAAAUAGAUUGCUGAGAUCCAGACUACGGCUUGUUGUAGGAUAAGUUACAAAUUAUUGAAAGUUCAAGGCGUUCGGUCUUCCAACUACGUCAUUCAAAUCAUGGUUCAUAACUUUUAUUACGAAAUUGACUAUUGUCUGCAGAACGGAUAAACAAAUUUCUCCAAAUACGUAUCGUAUCUUCCAAUAGAA